AUGGCUCCAGCUGCACCAGGUCUUCCUACCCGAUUCCCCUGCUGGUGUCAGGCUGUAUAUUCAUGGGGCGGAGAGACAAAACGAGACCUAGGGUUUGUGGAAGGAGACCUUAUUGAAUGCUUGAAUGCUGGUGAUGGAUCAUGGUGGACUGGCCGCCUACGUCGAGAUAAACGCAUGGUUGGCGUGUUUCCCUCAAACUUUGUCAAGGUUCUUGGGGACGACUUUGUCCCUGGGAGCCGGUCGGUCAGUCCAAUGCCUGGUGGACCUGCAGGCUUGACGAUGGAUUUACGCCGGAUAUCAGCCUCCAAUUCUGCUGCAUCACCCAGGAAACAAAAGACUUUCCGAAAGCCCUUUCAGGGGUACAAAGAGGCCGUAGGGCCGUCUGAAGCUUUGAGGAAGAGGCAGAAUGAUGAUAAUAUGAACAACAACAACAAGAACAACAACAAUAGCAACGUCAAUAAUAAUAAUGAAAAUCAUAUUAACAAUACUGGGCAAACCGUUUCGGCUUCGGGGAAUCCGUCAAGAGCGAGUACAGGCUCGGCAGGGACGCCUCCAGCGUCGAGCAAACAUCGUGGAUCUCUUUCACGUCAAUCUCCUCGCCAUUCUCCACACUCUGAUCCCCCUGCUCCAGUUCAACAUCGAUCGUCCAUUUCUCACGCCAUAUCUCCCUCACCCGGUCAGCAUGUAGGGUCGGUUCGCCGGGAAAUAUCUCCUGCACCUAUUCAACAUCGUGGUUCUUUCUCACAUCAUCCCACUUCCCCCCUUCCGGUACGACACCAUCAUUCCUCGUCUAACCCCACGCCUCAUACCGCUUCCACAGCACCAAUGCAACAUCGUGGCUCUUUCUCUCAUCAUCACCGUCCUAUUUCUCCUGCACCAGCACCUUACCACGAAACUGUACCCCGUGCCUUGUCUCCUUUAUCGAUGCAACAUAAUCACUCCGUCUCUAACCCUCAUCCUCGUGAUCUUUCACCUGGGCCAAUCCAACAUCAUCAGUCCGUAUCUCGUGCCGUGUCCCCGUCACCAAUGGAACAUCACUCAUUCUCUAAUCCCUAUCCCCGCGCACUUUCUCCUGGACCAAUCCAACAUCAUCAGUCCAUAUCUCGUGCCGUGUCCCCGUCACCAAUGGAACAUCACUCAUUCUCUAAUCCCUAUCCCCGCGCACUUUCUCCUGGGCCAAUCCAACAUCAUCAUUCUUUCUCUCACUCACAUCCUCGUGCGCUUUCUCCCGGGCCAGCACGAGAUACCGAAUCGCCUCCACCGCCACCUCCCCCUCACCGAAUUUCCGUCAAAACCCAGCCGCGAAUGCAUAGCCAAUCACCUAUUCCCACACCCGAUGAUAUGGAUCAUGUAUACCCUACCAAAGCCAGGACUCCCUCUCCACAUUCGCACUCUCCUGCCAUUUACGGUCACACCCCAUCUCCUCUAAGAGAUGCUAUGGAAGACGUCAUGUCUUCUUUACAAGAUAUGGGUCUAAAUCACGACGGUCCGGUAGAACACCCACGUCGCUCUCCUUCACCCUUCCAUCCGUGGUCCCCAGAAGCGUUUGAUAAGCUUCAUAAGAACGACGUGCCUAAUCCAAUUCAGCGCCCUAUGACUUCCUUAGGGCUAGGUGGUGGUGAUGACCAGCUACAGGAGAACAGUCACCAUAAUUUUACGCACCAAUACAAUGAUGGGCCUCCGCAACUCAAUAAUUAUGUGCAGAGGAUGGAGAGCAGACUCCGCAAGUUACAUGCGCAAAGUAGAAAGUCCUCCGAUGAGCUUCAUAUUUCGCCUAGUAGUAAAGACCUCCCGCCCAUACCUCCCCCGAAAGGACCUUCCGAUUCCAGGCCACAGUCAUCUUCAAAUCAAGAUAACCCGGGAUCACGAUUAAGAAUCCGAAGAUCUGCCUACGAAUUGGGCAAAGAUGUCCUUGAACGGACGUUUACGACAAAAUCCAGUGCCACAACUUCUUCCAGUGGUGUCCAAAGCAAUGCAACUAGCAGUACCUCCAGCACAGGACGUACAAACCAAAGUGUUAUGAGUGGCCCAUCAGCUUCAGGGUUGAGCGCAACCAGUGCCGCCAGCUAUGCACGGCAUACCAAUAGACCAAAUACUGCCAUGGAUAAUCUUCGCCCCUCUGGGCUAAUUGGUUCUGAUAAAUCUUCUGACAGCGGACUCCGGCCUCAAACACCGCUGACCGGAAUUUCCUACCACUCCAGCCAUGAUUCCUCUAGGCAAGGAGCAACUUCUGCUGUCGGAUGGAACGAAUAUAGUAAAGAUGCUCCAAGCAUGUAUGGCGGUCUCACCACACUCAAGUCAAAGAAAACAGGCUUUUUCAAGAAAAUCAUUGAGUCUGCUAAAACAGGAGCUGCGACUGCAAGGAGCAAUAUUGCUGCAGGCCCUGGUGGAGCCGUAUCGCCGACUAAGAGCCGCAUGGCUGUGGGAAUAUCAUCUUAUGCAUCACCUCACUCGGCGAAAAGUGUGGCAAGAGACACAGGCUUGGGUGCAUCUGUGGAUUGGGUUCAGGUGCGGCGGGACGUCAACAGGUGUACUACGCCAAGCCAUCAUGAACUAAUUGAGAGAGCGGAGAGAUGCCAGAUGCUCGAUUAUCCAGUAAUAUACGCUGUGGAGGAACUGUAUGAAAGUGCAGAGGGAGAUGAAGGAAUAGAUGGCCUACCAAUUGCAGAGCCUACCAAUUGGGCUGCUGUGAACCUACAACUAGUGGACAAGAGUGUUCGGUUCAUAAGUAGCCUACCUGCAAUGAUAAACCCAAUUGGCUUAUCCCAAGGGUACAUAUGUCGCCCGCAUCGCAGUGAUGGACAGCGGUUACGUGCCAUAUUUACUUGGGUAGCCGAAAGGAUUGCAUGGGAUGAUGAUAUUGAUGGUGACGUUGAUUUAAAGAGGGUGCUCUAUAUGAAAAGAGGGUCCCCAAAAGAAGUUGCCUAUUUAGUACAGGAAAUGUGUUCCGCCGUUGGCCUGCAUGCUGAGGUAGUUCAUGGCUACCUGAAAACACCAGGAGAGCAACUAGAUCUUGAUAGUCUCUCCCAUCCAAAUCACUGGUGGAAUGCGGUAUUGAUAGAUGGCGAGUGGCGGAUCAUGGAUUGCUCCUUGGCAAGCCCGACCCACCCACGAAGAAGCUUGUACUCGAGUUUCAAUUCUCAGGCUGCUGAAAGCUGGUAUUUCCUGGCCCGUCCUAUGGAAAUUUGCUACUCUCACGUUCCCAUUAACCCCGAACAACAACAUAUCUGCCCACCCGUAUCACCCGAUGUUCUUCUUGCGUUACCCUGUGCUUGUCCUCCAUUCUUUAAGAACAACCUGCGGUUCCCUAAUUAUAACACAAGCCUUAUUCGGAUCAACGGGCUUGAAGCUGUCCAGCUUCGUGUUCACGUACCUCCUGAUGUUGAAUGCGUUGCCGAAGUUGAGGCCCUUUCAUUUGACCGUGAUAUGGAUGGUGACCUCUUUGAAAAUGGUGACAUUUCCAAGAAGCGUGCACUCGCACAGCCGGACUGGAUUGGUGGGCAAAAACGCUUUACCAUAAAGGCAGUCUUGCCUGGAGAUGAGGGGCAGGGAGUUUUAAAAGUAUAUGUUGGGAAGAAGGGAUUGAUGCAUUCUAUCAAAGAUAUUCCUCACCCUCUAGCAUUUGCACUCCCGAUCACCCACACAGGGGAUAACCCGACCUAUGACUUCAUCCUCCGCCACCCGACGCCUCACGCCCAACGUCACGACCUUUACGUUAUUCAACCACAAUGCGCCAAGCUUGCAGUAAACAACACCUUCGUCUUCGCAGUCCGCCAACAUCCAUCGUCCCUUCCGUCCAGCUCCCCGAAUCCCAACGAUGGCAACGGUCGCAUCUCCCCGAACCCCUUCGCCCGCCCUACCAGCGCGCUCAGCAUGGGAUCUUCCGUUGCCGCAAGCUCAAACGCGUCCUCAGGCUCCUCGUAUAUCAAUCAAACGUUCUCCGCCUCUAGCUCUAAUGUCUCGUCGAAUGGCAAACAGUCGCAGCACCCCCUCAAGCCUGCGAAGCUAGCUAUACAAGCACCUUCAGGGAGAAUAUUAAGACUGACACGCAAAUCUGAGCACGCCCUCACUACCAGCAUUUGUGGAGAUCUAACAGGAGAUGGCCCACCUGACGGCAGCGUGUGGGAGACGGUGAUUAAGGUUGCUUCGAAUUCUACCGCAUGA